UUUUAACCUGGCUUCUUCUUCGCGUUUUCUUGCUUCGGCUUUCUCUCCUCCCUUCUUUCAUCUCAGCUUUCCUUCUUGAUUCAGCACUACAACGGAGCAUAUGUCGAUAAUAUCUCCAAAUUGGAGAUCCAUACGCCCUAUUACUUCUUGGCAGAAGGGUGUACUUUUGGGACGUGGAUCAUUUGGAUCGGUUUAUGAAGGCAUUAGAGAUGAUGGCUUCUUUUUUGCCGUGAAGGAAAUGUCCUUGCAGGAUCAAGGUGAUGAUACAAGGCAACAUAUUAACCUACUCGAACAGGAAAUAACUCUCUUAAGUCAGUUUGAGCAUGAGAACAUAGUACCGUAUUAUGGUACAGACAAGGAUGAUUCAAAACUAUAUAUAUUCCUUGAGCUGGUAUCUCAUGGGUCCCUUCGGAGUCUAUAUCAGAGGUAUCAUCUUCAAGACUCCCAAGUCUCUGCUUAUACAAGGCAGAUUUUGCAUGGGUUGAAGUAUUUGCAUGACCGAAAUGUAGCCCACAGAGAUAUUAAAUGCGCAAACAUAUUGGUGGAUGUUUCUGGCUCAGUCAAACUUGCAGAUUUUGGCAUUGCUAAGGUUAUCAAAUCGAACAAUGCGCUGUCCAUCACGGCAUUCACGGGCACUGCCAUGUGGAUGGCUCCUGAGGUGGUUAGAAGGAACUGUAGCUAUUGGCUUGCCGCAGACAUAUGGAGCCUUGGCUGCACUGUCUUGGAGAUGCUUACGCGACAGACCCCCUAUUGCCAUCUAGAGACUAUUCAGGCUCUUUUUAAGAUUGGGAAGGGCGAGCCACCUAAUGUGCCUAGCACGCUUUCGAGCAAUGCACAAGAUUUUAUACACAAGUGUCUUCAAGUCGACCCAAAUGCUCGUCCAACUGCUUCUCAGUUACUAGAGCACCCAUUUGUGAAUCAUCAAUUCCCAUUGCCUCACUAGCUAAGCUAGGCAUGUGGAUUUCAACUGCACUGUGAAUUGAAAUGGUAUGUGUUUCUCUGCAUGCUUAUGGAGCUGGUGGAGGGUCCUCAUUUGUACUUUGGGCUACAUCAAUCUCACACCAUCGUUUUACUAAAGUUACCUCUGCAAUAUUUUCGAUUAUGCACUGCCCCCUUUAUUAUUACUGCUAAUCUUGUCAUUGUUGUGAUUGACAAAUUAUACUAUGGACCUGUGAUUGACAAAUUAUAUUAUGGAUGAACGUCUACCUUGCAUUUGUAGAUCCUGGUCUAAAAAUAACAUUCAGAUUCUGUAUUUGCAGUUGA